UCUGUAUCUCCACAACUAACUCAGAAUGCUUAACGGAACUAUCUGAACGGACCGCGGACCUUUUUCAUCAGGAUUCUAGCGGCACUCUGUAUUGUCCAUCUCAAUAGGACCAGCACCGCUGGGCAGGCGCUUGACUCCCCAACUCUGAGGUAGAUCACGUGAUAUAAAAUCCCCUACGCGGUUGCCUCAUUCCCUUGUCUCAACAACCGUCUGCAAUUUCCUCGGCCUUCACAAUCGGAACAUAGAAGAAUACACGAAGCCACCGCGCCUCACGCUCCAAUACCACCGCCACCAUGUCCGAACGUAAAGUACUCAGCAAAUACUACCCGCCCGACUUCGACCCCUCCAAGAUCGGUCGCACGCGGGGACCUAAGCAAGCCGGUCCCAAAGUCCAGACCGUCCGUCUCAUGGCCCCAUUUUCCAUGAAAUGCACCUCGUGUGGUGAGUUCAUCUACAAAGGGCGCAAGUUCAACGCACGCAAAGAGACCACCGAGGAGAAGUACUACCAGAUUGCCAUUUUCCGCUUCUACAUCCGCUGCACGCGAUGCUCCGCCGAGAUUACAUUCAAGACGGACCCGAAGAAUAUGGACUACGAGUGUGAGCGAGGCGCGAAGAGGAAUUUCGAGCCGUGGAGAGAGGCCAAGUUGGCCGAGGAGACGGAGGAGGAGAGGCUAGACAGGCUGGAGAGGGAGGAGGCAGAGAGGGAUGCGAUGAAAGAGCUGGAGACGAAGGUGCUAGAUGCGAAGCAGGAGAUGGCGAUCGCAGAUGCGCUAGAUGAGAUUCGAUCGAGAAACGCAAGGAUUGAACGCGCCGAGAAAGAGGGGAAGAAGGCUGAAGUCACCGUUGUGGAUGUCGAUGAGGCGCGCAGGCGGCAGGAAGAGCAAGACGAGGAGGCGGCACGGAAGGCCUUUGCGGGGCGAAGUAUGCCGGAUAUUGGCGAAGAGGAAAUAGCAGAGGAGGAGAUGAAUGAUGCGCCCAUGGAAGUCCCCGUGAUGGCUUUCACUAAGAAGCCAAAAGAGAAGAAGGACUAUGGUGCGGCGCUGGGGAUCAAGAAGAAGGACUCUAAGCCAUCCAUGCCCGCGCCAGCACCGUCGACUAAACAAUCGGCACCUCCCUCCAGCGGCCUGUUAGCUGGUUAUGGCAGCGAUUCCGAUUAAUGUCUUAUAUUGACUGCAUAUUGUGCAGAAUCUCGCGGGAAGGGCAUGUAUAGUUAAUGUAAUAUCCACAACGCAUCUAACGUGUUUUGCUCCU